AGCCCAGGAUAUGGAGGCUCUUGAAGUCGAUGACAUUAGCCCUGCCUUGGAAGUGACUGAAGACUUUUUCAAUAGUUUUGAUACUAAGCUCGAAAAGAUCGUUCAGCCCUCUGAGGUGUAUGGUGUGCAGGAGGUUCCUGAGCUGGUUGGGCAUGAGGUAUUUGAUCAGAUAACAGAAAGCAGGAAUCUGAGGAACGUCACCUCCUUAGCCAAAAGUAACCUGAUCUGGGAUCACUGCAAAAAUGGCCUGUUGGAAACCAAAGCUCAGACAGCGUUCCCUGCCAAAGAGCAGCGCUUGGUGCAGAGGGGAACAGCUGCUGACAGCCUUGCUUGGGCAGGGGAAGGGGAGACAGCAGCUUUUAACAUCUUCAGUAUCUGCCAGCGGAGGAGAGACAGGCCUCGCUCAGUGAACGACAUCCUGGUGCAGAGUGAGGAGUCCUCCAAGUUCAAGCCAGGACACAACAGGUCGCGCUCCGAUAUCAGCCAUGUGAACUGGGGAAUGGUCUUCACGGGCACCUCACUGCAGCAGCCACCUCUGCCUGGUCAGGACAAUAACUGCGCUCUGCUCUCUUACCUGGCAUUAACCAAGGGAGAGGACAUCCAAGGAAACACAGAACACAAGACAGCGUUUCCAAAUAUUCUGAAGAAGGGAUACUUAGAAAUUAGAAGAAACAAUGACAGCUACUGGCAAACCUGUUACGCUGAGCUCUCGCCAUACAAACUGUACCUGUAUUGCCUGGACAGCAGUGGCAACCAGACUUUUCCCACCGUGUAUCCGCUCAUGCAUUUUCAAAGGGUCACUGUUACUGGUAGCAUUGAAGCCAAGGUAGUGGACGCUGCCCUGUCAGACAGCUCUCAGCUACAGCUGAAGGCGGAGUCCCCAUGGGAGGCUUUGGACUGGGGACGGAAACUCUGGGAAGCGGUGCGUGCUUCUGUGUCUACUUUCACAAGACAGCAGGAGAAACUGGAGAAUGUGCCAAAGCCUGACAAUAGCAGUGACCUUUCUCAAACAAAUGGAUUGGUAGAGAAGCCCAUGGAACUUUUGCUGUCCAUGAAUUUGACUGAAAAUAAUAAAGAGUACCAAAAUAUUCUCAAAUCAGGGACUCUUUACAGGUUAACUGUCCAGAAUAACUGGAAGGCAUUUACUUUUGUCUUGAACAGGUCUUAUCUCAUGGCAUUCCAACCGGGUAGGCUUGAUGAAGAUCCUCUGCUGAGCUACAAUAUCGAUGUGUGCCUGUCGGUCCAGACAGAUACUCAGGAUGGCUGUGACUCUUGCUUUCAGGUCAUUUUUCCUCAAGAUGUCCUCCGCCUGCGAGCAGAGACCCGUCAGAGGGCCUUGGAGUGGAUGGAGGCACUGAGAGCAGCAGCCAAUGCCACUAGAAGUUUAGGUCAGAACCUUCAGGUCACGCUUCGGAACAAACCUGGAGGUCGGCCCUUUGGAAAUGAUUUUAGAAAGAGUAAGCGCCAGUCUGUGACCACCAGCUUCCUGAGUAUCCUGACCACGCUGUCUCUAGAGAGAGGGCUCACAGUUCAGAGCUUCAAGUGUGCAGGCUGUCAGCGCUCCAUAGGCUUGUCCAAUGGGAAGGCCAAGGUGUGCAGCUACAGUGGAUGGUAUUACUGCAGUACCUGCCAUGUGGAUGACAGCUUCCUCAUCCCUGCACGGCUGGUUCAUAACUGGGAUACUUCCAAGUACAAGGUAUCAAAGCAAGCCAAAGAGUUCUUGGAAUAUGUGUAUGAGGAGCCAUUGAUUGAUAUUCAGCAGGAAAAUCCCAUGUUGUAUAAGCACGCUGAACCUCUGGCAACCAUUGUCCGCCUGAGACAGCAGCUAAAAUCUCUGCGAGCCUAUUUGUUCAGCUGCAGAGCAGCAGUGGCUGAAGAUUUGCGUAGAAGGAUCUUUCCCAGAGAGUAUCUUCUCCAGCAAAUCCAUCUUUAUUCUCUGGCAGACCUCCAGCAGGUUAUUGAAGGAAAGUUGGCUCCUUUCUUGGGGAAGGUGAUCAAGUUUGCCACCUCUCAUGUGUAUAACUGCAGUCUUUGUAGUCAAAAGGGUUUCAUCUGUGAGAUUUGCAACAAUGGAGAAAUCCUCUAUCCCUUUGAGGACAUUUCUACAAGCAGGUGUGAAAGCUGUGGUGCUGUCUUCCACUCUGAAUGCAAAGUGAAGGCCGUACCAUGCCCCAGGUGCGUGCGUAAAGAAUUGCAGAAGAAGCAGAAAUCCUUCUGGAGGCGACUGAAUAUGGAUGAAAACUUCGAAGAGUCUUGCAACAUGUUUGAGUUGUCGUAUCAGAACACAUGAGUUCCUUAAGGCAGUGGCCAGCCUGAAGAGAGCCUCUUCCCCAGCUGCCAGGUCAAGCAACCUCUCAGCUUAGCCAGGCAGAAAUCUUUUUGCAAAAUAAUAUCUGAUCUUCUUCAUCUGUGAAUAGCAGCUGCCAAAGUGGCCAUAAAGCCUUGUUGGCUUUGAAAUAUCAACGGCUCAACUGCAUUUUGCAUUGAAGUCCAGCCGCUAGCUCUUAUACAAAAUGUGGUUUACUUGAAAUGCUUCAGGUCUAGCUAAUUGAGCACCCAACUUUUUCUUUUCCACCUCUGGAGAAGACUUUUCCUCAAGACAGAAAAUAUUUGCUGCCAUGAACACAUUAUUUUUGAUGUUGUUCAUUUAGAAUUGACGAAUCAUAUACUUAUUUAUGUGUAUUAUUUAUUAUUAGCCUUGGCAGAGGUUCUGGUAAGGUGUUUGUUUCACAGAACCUCAUAAGGCAGAAAUGAUAUUAAGCCUACCUGCUACUUUUGACAUGGACAUGUUUCCAUUUCCUCAUGUUUCCAGAGAGCUAUUUCUAAAGGAUCAGCACAUUUACAUGUCACUCCUCCCCAAGGAAAGGAAAGUAUCUCCCAUCAAACCUUAUUCAGGAUGUUUGCGAGCAUAAGAUGCAGAAUAAUUCCUUUAGCUGUGCUUAUUUAUAACCACCCCAGUGGAAUAUUACAUAAGCAGAUAAGCAGGGUACUUGCUGCUGUUCUUAUUCAGGCUGGGUAUAUCUGUCAAGCUCUGUCACUAAAGUCCAUUCUGCUUUACGCUACUUAUUCUUGAUCUAUGUGGGGCCACAUCCUCAACUCCAGUAAUGUGACUUUCAAAUCUCCUGCUAGGCUUGAAGACAUUUCAACUGUCUACAUUGGUUUUGUUUUUGUCGUGUGAAGUUUACUUUACAUGUUUUUCUAACCUGAUCCUGGUAGACCAAUAGUUGGGAAAGUGAACUUGCCCAAUUUUGCUAGAAAAUACCCUCAAAAUUGUGAAACAUUAGUUUGCUGUGUUCAUGUGCAAUUUGUGUCCUGAGUUCUCUGGGAGCACUAGAGGAUUCUAUACAUCUCUGGUGAUUCAUGUGGUGGAGAGCGAACUUCUCAAGGUAUGGUUCUGCCUUGCAAACCUGGAACAUAGGGAAGUACUAAACAUCGUAAAUUACAUAUAUUGUGAAAGAUUUGACUGGAGAGAUGUGUGUCAUCACUAACAGUGUUCAGUUCAUUGUGUUUUCACCUUCAGUGAACACUUAGGGAUCCUCCUCGCUCCAGUCCACAUUUUUAACUUUUUCUCCAGACCCUGCAGUAAUAUGUGUAUUAGAUGCAUAUGAAUACAUUCAUAUUUAUAUACACAUAUAUAUAUACAGCAAGCAAAUAUGAUUUCAGAAGAAAAAAGCCAGUCGCAUGUGCAUUUUCCUUCUCUCAUGUAGGUUUGUUAAAAUGCAGACUACUGAUCUUUGCUUUCUAUAUAAUAUGCAGGCUGUUAUUAUAUUCAAGGCAGAAAGCAGUCUUGAUCAUUGAAGCAGCUCACUAAUUGCUAAGUAUUUUAAAUAAAAGAACGGGGUACAUCAUGCUUGCAUUAAAGUGCAGAAAGUUACACAAUGGACUUGUAUUGGAGUACAAAUGGUUGCCUUUUCCAGCCUCCAGUUGAAGAAAGUAGCUGAAUCUGAGCUUUCCCAAAUUUGAGCGCAACUUUAUGUGUAUAUAUAUAGAAGCAUGUUUAUAUCUGUAUUCAUUAGACAACCAGUGCCUUUCUUUUCCAGAAGUCCUCCUCCCAUUGGGAUUCUUUGGAAGAAAGUAGGGGGUUUUCCAUGUUCUUGGCAAAGUAGUAUAGGGAUUCCCAUAUUUAAUGAACUUGGUGAAUCAUGCACCUUUGUCACUAAAAUUAGUAUUUCCCCUACACAGAGGCAUCUUUGUUUCAUUCAGCUCACUGUUCUCCAUAUGAAAUGAGUUGGUUUCAGCUAUCAUCCUUAAGGAUAUAAUGUUCCUUUAAAGUCCAUUCCCAUGCAAAGAACUCCCUGCACGUUCACAUAUGCAAACACAGGGGAAGUCUUGUGGAAUUAGUCAUGCAAACAGGAACUGCAGUGGUACUAGCAGAAUAAACAGUACACUCCCAUAUUUUUCAGCAUGUGUCACUACAACCAGCCCUGUGGCAAAGCCAGUAGCUCUGAAACUGUCAGAAUCUGGCAGGUACUAUUUUGAAUUAGCUCUAGACAUAAUGGUGGGUCAUGAAAGAAGAAAGAAGUGACAUUUUCCAUAUCAUAAUGCUUUUGAAUUUAAGAUAUUUUAUGGCAUUAGUUCACAUCCAGCCCAGUUUAGAGAGAGGUGCUUGUGUGUACUGUUGAGUACCCUGUGGCAUCAAGAAAUCAAGGUUCGGGUGUUGCGAGGUAUUGGUAACUUUGUCAGAUGCCCUGAUCUCCAAAAUGCCAGUGAUGUGGGUAGUUAGAUAUUCUAGUUAAAUUCUGGAACAACAGACAAGUUUGGAGUUACUCUAGAUUUGUGCAGGUAUUACAGAACAGAGUUUCUUUGUUAACUGAGAUUUACAGGAAAAAAAGAAUAUGUUGUCAACAAACCUGUUGGAAUUAGUGGUGGGUCUGAAACCACUGCCAUUGCUAAAGGCAAAGAGCAAAAGCAUGUUUUUACAAUAUGCUGGCAGCAUCCAAAGCUUUUUGUGAAGGGAUAAUGUACAAUACAGAUCAGAUUCUUUUUUUUUCUUUUUUUUUUUUUAAUCCAGUGUAGCUGUAAGUAAGCCAGUUCCUAAAUCAGAUGUGAUUUUUCCACCUUGAAAAAGUAAUAUAGCUUCUUCUUGUAGCUACAGGAGCUGGCUGUAAUGUGGAAGAUGUUUUCCUCUCAGGGAUGCCUAGCUCCUGUCCAAAAAAAGUUAUUCCAUAUGGAUGGGUAGGAUGCAGUCUUCUAUCUCUGCCUUUCAAAAACAUAAUUCAAGGUCCAGUCCUGCCGUCAGGAAUUGUGGGUGCGGAAGGAACGAGCCCUGAUCAUUUUUUAGCACUGCAAGAUAGAAGAAUAAACAGAAACUACUGCUCAUGUUACUAACUCUCAAAAGACCCAACUCUAAAAGGAUGGUUUUCAUGCAAGAGCCAGCUGCUAGUAGGAGACACAGCUCAUACUUCUGGAGAUGGUUUGGGUUUUGGACAGCACUGUCCCCUUGUGUGGUUGUCUCUGCUGUGCUAACAUAGUGCUGCACACUGGUCCACAGAGCUACUGUUUUCCCAUUCUGCAGCCUGUAGCCUGCACAUGCUCUGCUCUGCAGAUGGCUGGGUGGGCACCAGCUGGAAAAGUACCUGGGGUCUUUCCAGAUUGCGCACAUCUCUCCUCCCUGCCCGCCCCCCCCCCCCCCCCGGUAGAAUUUGUGUAUUAGUACUUCUAGUCCCAUCCUACCCACACAUGAUAUAAAUAUGAAGUAAGUUUGAACAAUAAUGUUUCGUUGUGAAUCAAAAAUAAAAUGCGCUGUUUGUCUCCUUCACAAAGAAGGUGCUUUCUUUACUUAUGGAGGAGGAAUAGAUCUGUAGGUUCAGUUACUGCUCUUACUUGCUUGUACAGAACUUAUAAUCACUAUAGAAAUAGGGUGCUUCACUGCAAGGGACUGUAGCCUGACUUUACAACUACUUAGAAUCUUCUCAGUUUAGUUAGUCUGAGAUUAUUUAACCCAGGACACUGUAGAUAAACUAAUUCAAUUCUUCUUUUCCUCUGUACCCAAACCCUCUAGCUUUUCUUUUAUGUAGAUGAGGACCUACCUAGGGGAUGCAAAAUGCAGCUUUUUGAUAUUAUCAACCUACAGAAAGAGAAAUUUGGAUCUCUUAUGCAGAAAUCUUUCUCUCUCUUUUCUUCGUCUUUCUUAGGUGGUGAAAAAUGGUCUUGUGGUGUGAUGCAACGUCCGGGUUGGCACGUACCAACAUGCACAUAGGAGCUCAUUGCAGGGUUGAUAGGAACUGGCAGUUGUGAAGGUUUCUUAAAUAAGUGAGAAAACACUUUUUGGUGAAGAAUUCUUCACAAUACCGUGAUAGCCCUGCUAGGAGUGAAUCAUCAGGGUACCUCAAGAGCUGCUCUUGUCAAGACUUCUCUUAAUAAUUAGUACAGGGAUACUGUGUGCAUUGUAAUGGGUGGAUGAUAAUGUCCUGAAAGGCUUUAAAAAAACAAAAAGCAACAACAAAAAAGAGGAUGUCUGAUUACAAUGAAAUGGGGAAGCUGCCCAGUUGUAUUUUGCUUUUUCCCUGUGGCAACAGAAGCCAUCGAGUUUCCUGGGCUUUCCAAGGUCAUGGUCUGGAUUGCAGCCGACUGUUGAUCUGUGUAAAAGAAAUGUAAUUGAGUAAUCAUCAUAAUCUUAUCUCUUGUUUUCUGUUGCUCAGCUGCAAGCCAGUCCUCUCUCUUUUCUCGCUCUCUCUGUCCCUGUCUUGGCUCACAGUGCUGAGCCUACAGCUAGGCUUUGAGCUUCAUAGCUGAUCGUGUUGCUUUUGAACCAGUUGAGUCUGAUCAUUCUCUCCAUAAUUUGCCUUCCAAUUUUCCCUUCCCAGUAGGAGUGCCUUACAGUACUGUAUAUUAGUGUCUAUCUUCCUGUUUUGGAUUUCCUGAUUGAAUCUGCUGUUUGACUAACUUGUAGGCUCAAACUGAAACUCUCCUGUGGCUGCACAUGCUCUUUUGCAGGAGCAGCUUAGUAAAUCAGUUUGCUUGUUCUGUCCCCAUGAAGUGGGCUCUAUAGGCUGCAUAUACCAGCUCUGAAGAUGCCAAGGUGCAUGGAAAUCCCUCACUUUUGCUUAAUUUGGUGCCUUAAAUUUUCAAAAAUGAAGAAUUUUGUCAGGAAUGCUCUGCCAUGCUGCAACGUGUUUGGCAUUGGAGCUCUAAACCCUUGCUCAUGGCAGUUUCCAUCUUGCCAGGAGUGAUGACCAUAAAAUUUGUUUACGAUCUGUGCUUUGAAAGGGAAAUAUGAGAAAGGAUUGCAUGGAGACAGCAUUGUUUUUUAUUACCUAUGUUUUGGAGACUAACUGAGCUUCUUUUCAGACAGGAAUGAGGUUGCUCUUAAGUGAGAGCUUCAGAAGCUGUGGAUCUGUAACAAUGGCAAGCACUGGACAUUAAAGCAGGAUCAGGUCAUGUCCAGCUCCUCCUGGAACCAGUGGCCAGCCUGUGCCACGUGGUGAGGGAGUCCCACACAGUAAAGCUGGAUCCAGGGCUGUGGCAGUGAAGGCUUUUCCUCAAAAUUUAAUUUUAACACAGCCUGGUUCCCUGAAGGCUAACCCACUGGGGUUUGGUCAACAUUACAUUAGAGAGGGUUAGCCUGCUUAAUUUUUAGCAUUAUUUGCUAACGUCUGCAGCUAACCCUUCCUGCGUCUGUCAGUUUUGGGCACAUGUCCAUGCUGACUGGAAUCUUUUAAGUCCAUUUUUGACUCCAAGUAGCAGGAACCCUAUAUGACAACAGCAGAGCUUUCACUGCACUUUAAUAGUGUAGUGAGCAGACAGCCUGGACAAUAAAUAAUGUGCAAAGUCCUUUACUUGAAAGCCCUGGUGUGCACACACUCCCUUGGGUCUUUUCUUAAAAUGCAAGUUUCCUCCGGAUCCCCUAGGGCAUUGAUCUAAAUUAGAGAUGCCACUUGUGGGCAGCAUUGGAGAAGUUCAGGCCUGGAAGGCAAUUAACUGCCUAGGACCAAAGUGUAGUAGGCUCUGUCUACAUACACAACUGUCAGUGGCUCAAUUACUUAUUUGUAUCCAAUCUGUGCAUUAAACCAAUGUAAAUCCUUGAGUAGUUAGUGCUGUUUUGGUGGAAAAAGGAUUUGUUUCAGUUUUGCUUACGUACUUGUCAACAAAGUCAAUCUUGCUUUAACUGAAGUGUUUUCAGACUGAUUUUGAGUGGCACUGAUACCUGUGAUACCAGGUUGACUUACACCAGUCCCUUCUGUACUUGUCGGAAGUAAGAAUUCAUGAGCAAAAUGGGUGUUGGAAGGGCUUGAAGUGAUAAAGGCAGCUUCCAAAUCAACAUUAGUUGAGUCGAGGCAGUUUGAGCCUGGGGUAAGCCGGGUGUGAUCAGCAGAGCACGGGGUCUGGCGCUGUCCCUGGCAGCCCAGGCUUCCCUUCCAAGCAGAGCAGCAGCUCGCCUGCAGCACUUGCAAUGGAUUUUAGUAUUAGUAGCGCACCCUGAGUUUUUUGGAAACUAGUAUGUGCGUGUGCUACUCUGUCUGUUAACUUAUGUGCGUGCCAUUGUUCUUGUAUUUGUUUUGUGUUAUUUUUUUGGUUUUGUUUUUUUGAGCAUUUUUUUUUUGGGGGGGGUGUUUGUUUUUUACUUUUGACAAGGAUUUUCUUAAAUUAUCUGCAACUACUAGGCAAUAGUCUUAAUUUAUUAUUGAUAUGUAAUAAAUUUAUAAUUUAAAUUCCAUAACUUGAAUUGCCUGUUGACACUUGAGCAGGGUUUAUUUGGGUUCACUUGUGACACCAUCAGAGCACCAGUCCCUUCUGUAUAAAGGCAACUGUCAAUAAACAC